GACGGUUAUUAACUGUGAAGUUAAAGUGGGAUGGCAGUGUGAACGUCUCCUGUGGAGCUCAAAUACUCUCACAUACUCUCAAAUACUCUCACAUAUGCUCACAUACUAUUACAUACUCUCAAAUACUCUCACAUAUGCUCACAUACUAUUACAUACUCUCAAAUACUCUCACAUACUCUCAAAUACUCUCACAUACUCUCAAAUACUCUCACAUACUCUCAAAUACUCUCACAUACUCUCAAAUACUCUCACAUACUCUCAAAUACUCUCACAUACUCUCAAAUACUCUCACAUACUCUCAAAUACUCUCACAUACUCUCAAAUACUCUCACAUACUCUCAAAUACUCUCAAAUAUGCUCACAUACUAUCACAUACUCUCACAUACUCUCAAAAACUCACAUACGCUCACAUACUAUCAAAUACUCUCACAUGCUCUCACAUAUGCUCACAUACUCUCACAUACGCUCACAUACUCUCAAAUACUCUCACAUACUAUCACACUAUCAAAUAUGCUCACAUACUAUCACAUACUCUCACAUACUCUCAAAUACUCUCACAUAUGCUCACAUACUCUCACAUACUCUCACAUACUCUCAAAUACUCUCACAUAUGCUCACAUACUAUUACAUACUCUCACAUACUCUCAAAUAUGCUCACAUACUAUCACAUACUCUCACAUACUCUCAAAAACUCACAUACGCUCACAUACUAUCAAAUACUCUCACAUGCUCUCACAUAUGCUCACAUACUCUCACAUACGCUCACAUACUCUCAAAUACUCUCACAUACUAUCACACUAUCAAAUAUGCUCACAUACUAUCACAUACUCUCACAUACUCUCAAAUACUCUCACAUAUGCUCACAUACUCUCACAUACGCUCACAUACUCUCAAAUACUCUCACAUACUAUCACACUAUCAAAUAUGCUCACAUACUAUCACAUACUCUCACAUACUCUCAAAUACUCUCACAUAUGCUCACAUACUCUCACAUACUCUUAAAUAUGCUCAUAUACUAUCACAUACUAUCACAUACUCUCACACUCUCAAAUACGCUCACAUACUAUCACAUACUCUCAAAUACGCUCAUAUAAUAUCACAUACUCUCAAAUACUCUCACAUACGUUCACAUACUGUCACAUUCGCACACAUACUCUCAAGUACUCUCACAUACUCUCACAUAUGCUCACAUACCCUCAAAAACUCUCAAAUACUCUCAAAUAUACUCAAAUACAGUCACAUAUGCUCACAUACUCUCACUCUUAAAUAUUCUCACAUACUAUCACAUACUCUCAAAUACUCUCACAUACUAUCACAUACUCUCACAUACUCUCAAAUAUGCUCACAUACUAUCACAUACUCUCACAUACUAUCACAUAACUCUCAAAUACUCUCAAAUAUCACAUAUGCUCACAUACGCUCACAUACUCUCGCAUACUCUCACAUACUCUCACAUACUCUCACAUACACUCACAUACUGUCACAUACUCUCACAUACUCUCACAUACUCUCACAUACUUUCACAUACUAUCACAUACGCUCACAUACUCUCACAUACUCUCGCAUACUCUCACAUACGCUCACAUACUGUCACAUAUACUCGCUGGAGAGCCAAAGCGUAUCAUUGACAAGGUUAAAGCUUUUACCCAGAGGCCCUCAGUGCUCAGACCUCCUGCUGCGAUGCUGCUGCUGUUAAUGAAUCACACACACACACACACACACACACACACACACACAGAAGAAAUCCUGAUGGGACACGAGAGUCUCAGACAC